AUGUCACUCCUCCGCAGCGUCAAGGGGUUCCUCUCCAACUCGCGCGCAGACAGCGCAUACAGCCCUGAUCAGUUCAGAACGGCAAAGACCGAAACAGACCUUUUUCCCGCGACCCGACCGGACGUUGACGGCGAAGAGUGCCUCCACGACUGCACGAGUUGCACGACGCACUACCCCUCGCGGUUCUCGGUGGACCAGAGCGACAAGUUAUACGGCCACGUCAAGGGAUGGAACACACAUUUGAUCGUGGGCACGGGCAAGACGGACUGGGUGCGCGACGUCACAGACGAGAAGGGGUCCGUGAUGCAAGCGGUGGGCAAGGCCGGGGUUGAUCGCAAGAAUGGCAAACUCAUGCUCAGCGCGAGCAAUCUGCCGCCACGGAUCAACUGGGACACUGACCCCGAUGGAGGAUACCCAGGAGAAGAACCAGGCACUAGUGACUGUUUGUUGCUUCCGGCUUGGGUUGUCAUUGAGAAAGUCGCGCCGAGUAAAGUCGAGAGGUUGCUGCGGGACGUGGUCGAGAAAAGCGUCACCAACACGACUCCUCUUCGACGGAAGACGGCUGUCAAUGGCCAUGAAAAUGGAUACGGUACUACGAAGCAAGCAGAGUCGGAAGAGAAGCAACAAAAUGGACUUGAACAUCAAUACGACAACGACGGUACGUCUGACGCAUCUAAACUGCAUGUCCAAGACCAGCAUAGCAGCGACUCCCUCGAACCACAGACCAUCCCAGCCUGUGUAUCUUCGUCUUUCAAUGUCCGACCUAUCCCUUACGACUACCUCAUCCUCAUGUGCAGCCACCGAACGCGCGACGCACGCUGCGGCCAGUCUGCCCCCUUGUUACGCAAGGAGUUCGAGCGCAUCCUCCGCCCCAUGGGCCUGUACCGCGACAUGCACGACGACCGGCCCGGCGGCGUGGGUAUCUAUUUCAUCAACCAUGUCGGUGGACACAAGUAUAGCGCCAACGUGCUGAUCUAUCGGCGCGAAGGACGGAAAAAGGACAAUUCGGACGAAGAUAUCGACGGUGCGCCCCUCGCCAAAGAGGCUGUGCAGAUGAUCUGGCUUGCGAGAGUCAGACCCGAGGAUUGUGAAAAUAUCGUCCGAUACACGAUUUUGCAGGGGAAGUUGGUCAAGCCGCUGAGACAGCUGAGAGCAGGAUUUGAUCGAGAAAAGGGGUUGGUUUCGUGGUGA